CUGGGAUUUCACCUUCGCCAGAUUGACGAAGGAACACUACAUAUGGUCGCUAAUUUACCGUUUGGAAACACUGAACAUCCACGGCUGCACAGCCCAAAAACAAAACCUGGGCACUGAAAGUUGUUCUUUCCGUUACAGCCUCUGAAGGUAUCGUCAAUGACGCCAGUUACGUAGCCGUUACGUCACCACGCAGACCGAAACAAACAUGGCGCCGCGAAAGUGAGGGGAAACGACAAUCGGAACAUUUAUGAUACAUAACAAUGAAAACAUUGACCACGACUGUUAUGGGAAUGCUUCCAUAGUUUUUAGUGGAAACCUUGAGAAGAAUGGUGCGGCCGAGCAAGAUGCCGCAGAAGAAGCAAAGCAACAGGGACAGACCCCCUGAAAGCCAGUCGUUGGACCAAGACUCACAGGAGGAUGACGCUGUCACCGAUGACGAGCAACAGGAUGAGUGCUCCACCUCACUUCUGCCGCCGUCCUUGUCAGAUAGAGAAAAGCGGUGGCGAGAGAGGAAAUGUAAAGCCAGGUGUAAAGUUUCUACCUCAGAGAUGACAGAAGAGGAGAUGAUGGCCAUGGCCCUGCAUCUGAGCGCGCAGGAAGCCAACGUCGGCGCACAGCAGGAGGACGCUGCUCUGAUGAAAGCCAUCAAAGAGAGUAUGUUCAGCCAGAGACGAGAGCUCUCUCAGAGUCAGAGCUUGCUGACCGAAGCAGACACCACCUUCUCUCAACGCGGUCGCUCAUACCCGAACGGCAUGGCGGAGUUACGCAACAAUCUGACAGCAUCGGAGAGCGUCUGCACGAGCCUGGCCAGAGAGGUGGACGGGAACGGUGGAACCCAGCGAGGUCAAAUGUGGAAAAGGAAGGAGAGUCCUGUGGCGGGCUUGUCGCAAAGCCCCGACAUCUGCACUCAGGCAUUGGCCAGUAGCUCCGAGUCAGCGCUUGAAUUUUUGGACUCGCCACAGAGCUGCGAUUCCACACACAUCGACGACCGGCCGCUCCCUAAAUCCCCCGUCUUCGCCGUGAGCGGUCGCAAAACCCAAGUGACGUCCCCCCAGCUGAGCCAAAAAACGCCGGAGAGCUACAAGACCCCCGGCUACGCGCUUUGUUCGCAGCUCUUGGCCGAGAGCGCGCCUUCACCGGCACGCCGCAAAAGUCCCCUCCUCUCCGAGUCGGACACGGGAGACGAAUGCGCCAAGUAUCUCAAAAGCCCGGCGUUUGGAGAUGAAUCUCGAUGCGACGGUUUUCUGGACGGCAAAGCAAGCAGCCCGGACGGACCAAACUCGGAGUUCAUCUUCUCUUCUCAGGAGAGCUCAAGCCCGCCUGCGAUGCCUUCUUCCUGCCCCCCCAUGAGCCCGGUAUUCCCAAGGAGCCCGGCACCAUCCAAGAAACUUGCUUCCUCGGAGAACUCGACACUGUCAAAAAGUAGUCUCGUCUUAUCGGGGACAGAUGGGAAGCACGCCCAAGAUGCCCAAUCGACCAGCGUGGACCGGCACCCGUUUCUCGGUGUUGCAGACGACUCAUCUGAAACGGAGCUGACGAGCGACACGACGCUUCGCUGGUCCGACGAAGACGCCGAUCAGACGCUGGUGAGCUCACCCAGUCCAGUCUACCCGGACGAAAAGCGCUUUGAACAGGCCGAAGCACAGGCAGCCCAUUUGAACCAGGUGACCGAAGCGGCUCUGGAGACAAACAGCUCGAGCUGCAGUGUGAACACCCAGCAGUCUGUCCCCACCCCAUCUUCGGUUCACUACUACUGGGGGGUCCCCUUCUGUCCACGUGGUCUGGAUGCAGACACGUACACACAGGUGAUCGUGGCCCAGAUGGAGUUGUACGAGAAGAGUCUGAAGGAGGCUCAGAGGUGUCUGUUGAGGAAGGCCGAGUGGGGGGACGCCAUCGUGCCACAAUUGGAGAAAUCCCCAUUAUCUGACUCUUCCCACGCAAAACUUCCCCGGAGGCGUGGCCUCAGACGCAAAGACGCAAAGCUUAGCGAUCAGGAGGAAGACAACCUUCUGUUGGAGACGGAGGCGGAGGAAGAGGAGGACGAGGAAAAGAAGAAAGAGGAGGAUCAGAAGGAGCAAGAGGAGAUGGCGGAAGAGACUGCUCAGACAGACAUUGACGUCUGUGUCAUGUGUCCGGGUACUUCACGCACGGCUUUAAGGAUGAAUUUAUGCUCCCGUGUUUCAAAGACCCAAAUGAGUGAGGACGAUCGCAUGGAUCUAUCGAAGGCCAGGAGUCCGGAGUUUCCUGAACCUGCGGCAAGAGAUGACGAUCAAGUGGCGGAAGAGGAGAAGUCGGUGGACGUCUCGGCUAACGGAGAGGCUCAGACAACCCCCCUCGCCGCCAGCGACGUGGGGAGAAACCCCGCCCCGACGAAUGAGGAGGAAGAGAGCGAGCUCGGAAGGUCGCGUUCGCCUGAGCCGGAGCCCGCCGGCUUCGAAGCUGCCGUGGAGUGUCCCAUUUGCCAGGGAACUUUCCCCGCCGGCAGAAUCGAGAGGCAUGCGGCCUACUGCAACGGCGAGGUGGAGACCUCGGCCAUGGACGACCUCAGGCUUGCGGAUGAACGUUCACAAGCAGUGUUCUUGAAGCCAAAAAGGAAGCGAAAAAGGUGGGCAGCAGAGGAAGAGGGCGACGCCGCCUCCUCUGACACAAUCCAGGAGAAAUGUUACAUCUGCCAAAAGGUUGUGGCCCUCUGCGACUACAGCGAGCACACCGAUCUCUGCAUCCAGCGGCGGGCGGCCAAAACACCCGGGAAAGGGAAUCUGUUGGCGGCUCUGGAGCAUGUAGAGAGCAGGCAUGCAGGAGCCGGGCCGUCCAGGUGCAGACUCCAGCAAGGCGACGUCAUCGAUCUGAGGGACGACAAUGAAAAAGCGGGCGUUUCCAUGCUGGCGGUCAGCAACUCGCCCAUUAAGUCGUUCACGCCCAUCUCGGAGGCCACCGACUGUCUCGUCGACUUCAGGCGCCAGCAGCGGCCGAAGAAACCAAGCCACAAACGAAGGUGAAGAGGAGGGGCUCGGGGCGCGGGGGCGGUGCCCAGUAAGCCUUGAUGAAGACCGAGCGGGCCAACAUCAGCACGGCGGCCUUGAGACUCCCAAGUCUCCGACCAAGAAUUUAUGCAACGCGCUUGAAUGUGAACCAGUGCAGAGGAGGCCUAGUUGUGCUUGUUAAUGCUCAUCAUGAGGCUUUCGGAUUCCCCCUCAGCUGUACUGCACUGAAGCAAACACCCCCCGACCCCCUUUUUAUUUUUAUUUUGGGUGCAUUGGAAC